AUGCCGUCAAAUAUUCAGCUUGUGCCCGAUGAACAAGUUCUGGGUGACCUGGUCUUGGAUGAUGAUGAGGAAGUAUUUAGACUGGAAAAAAACCUCUGCUACCUAGCUGCAACAAGAUUGGGAAUAUACGGGCAUAGACAUGGAAUAUACGG